AUGCAGAUCGUCGUCGUCCCCGCAUCGCCCAAGACUGGGCAAGCCACGAUACAAGCGUUGUUGGAAGAUCCAUCGGAACCGACAGUGACAGGGGUCUAUCGGGAUACAGGAAGAGUGCCAGCCGAAUUCAGGGAGCAUCCCCGGUUCAGGGCUGUCAAAGGCGAUGUCGCGAAUGUUGGGAGUCUCAAGUUUUCCGGAGCAGACGCAGUGGUGACCAUCACGCCGCCACUAUAUUCCGAAUCGAAACCGCUGACCAGAGCGCGAGAGAUGGCGGCGAAUGUCAAGUAUGCCAUUGGUAUGGCUGGGGACUCGGUCAAACGGUUGGUUUAUAUCUCAAGCGUGGGGGCGCAGCUAGAACACGGCACGGGCGAGAUAAAAACAAAUUACGAAGCUGAACAGGCACUUAUUGGCUCUGCGCCGGAGGUUGUGUUCGUGAGAUGCGCGUACUUUAUGGAGAACUGGGCGGCGGCGCUAGAGACUACCAAAAGCGAGAAGCGCCACUUCCACUCUGUUAUAUCGCCUGCGGACUACAAAAUACCCAUGGUCUCGGUACACGACAUCGGCAAAACUUGCGCCGCGCAAGCGCUCGCAGCCGGAUCCCCCCUCGGCGAGAAUCCUUACGUCUUCGAUCUCCACGGGCCGGACACGUAUUCGACGGAAGACGUGCGAAAGGUUUUCGAGGGGAGGAUAGGAACGGGCGUCGAGGCGAAGCUAGUCGAGGGCGUUCAGCUGGAGGAGUUCUUUGGCGAGAUCUUCCGGCCCCCGAUGGCCGGCAUGUUUGUGGAGAUGACGAGAAGCUUCUUGCCUGGCGGGGUUGCGGUCGAGGAGAUUGUGGAAGGUGCAAGAGUUCAACGAGGAAAGACGACACUAAGUGAAGCUGUUGAGAGGAUGAUGGGUGGAAAUGGGUAA